AUGUCAUAAAUAGGACAUGACAUUAUUAUAGGAUGCUUAAAUGAAAAUUUGAUAUUAAUCCUAAUUAGCGGAAUCCUCUUCUUUUUUACUAUACGUAUUCUAUUUAAACAUUAUAAAUAGUCAUUUACCUGAAAAUUAUUAAAUACAAUUAAUUCAUUUACCUCUCCUAAGCUAUUAAGUUUUGUUUUAUUAUAUAUAGAGCCUAUUUUUACGGUUCUGCUUAACUUUGGUCUUCAUUUUAAUUACUUUAUCAAAAUUCAAAAGGAAAUAAUAAGUAGUAAUUAGUUUGUUACAUUUUAUCGCUACUCACAUUUGUGUUUGUAUAUAGUUUACGAUAUGAUGGUUUUUUAAAAUUAAGUAUGGCCAGUGAAAUAUUCUAAUGUUUAUGUUAUAUGAUUUACAUUGUAUAUUCAAAGAAAAACAAUUAAGAAAAUUUAAAUAUGAUGCAAGAGAUGUUGCUGAACGAAAUUUAAAAAAAUUGCUUUUUAAAAAUUUUUGAUAAAAAUAGAUAAUUAAUACUUACUUAUCCAAUAACAAGUGAAAUACAAAAAUUAUAAUAUCUUGAAAAUAAUUACAAAGUUUAUAUAGAUUAAGAAAUAAGCAGUUCCCCUUCUAAUUAAAGAUCAUUUAAUAGAAUACAAACCUUUCAUACAACAGAAGAUUUUUUAAUUUAUUUAGAAACUGAGGAUAAUAUUGAUAGUUUACACUUUAAUUGGUAUUUGGCAACAAUAAUUGAUUAAUAAACAAAGAUAAAAAUGAAAUAUCGUGUUACUUAAUAAAAAAUUAAAGAUGAAUCUAUUGUCCUAUAUUUUAUAAGAAUUGAUCCUACUAUCUAAAAGAAAUUAAAUGGGAAAUUUUUACAAUUAAAAAAGGACAUUUCCAAUAUUUUUACUCAUAAAUUGAAAACUCCUUUGAAUGCUGUCUUAGGACAUUUGACAUAAGCAUAUGAUGAUCAUGAUGUAAAUACUAAGAUUUAAAAUUACUACAUUAAACCUGCUUAUAUAAAUUCGAAAUUAUAAUUAUUUUAAAUUUAGGAUUUGCUUGAAUAUCUAAAUUCAGAUUAAGAAACAUCUUCUUUGUAAAUAUGUAAAAUCAAUUUAAAAACUCUCUUUAAUUCAUUAUAAGAAUUGAUACAAUAGUAAUGUACUAUGAAAAAUAUACAUCUAUAAUUCACUAUAAAUGAAAUGAAGUAGAGUAAAAUGGAUAAGUAAAUAAUGUUCAAAUUAAUUUAGUAUCUGUAUUUAUUCUGAUGUUUUAAAACUUGAAAGAGUCCUAUUCAAUUUAUUAAAUUUAUCUUAUAGAAACACUACUUAAAAUGGGAUUAUUUCUUUAAAUAUAACUAUAGAUAAAGAAACAGAAGAAGCCUCAUUUAUAAUAUCAGAUAUGGGAUUAGAAUUGACUUAAGAAGAAAUAUAGGAUAUUAAUUAACAUAUUGUUUGUCUUAAUUUAUUCAAGGUUUCUAAAAAGAAAUCUCAUUAUUAAUAAGAGAUGUUAACAACUCUAUCAUUAACUAACAAAUUGAUUAAAUCUUUAAAUUAAUUCAAUAACUAAUCGUUAGAAUUAUUUUAAACUUAAAAUAAUGGUAUUGUAUAUAAAUUUAAAAUUAAUAUCAAUAGAGAAAGAUCAGCUGAUAAUUCUCUUGAAUAAUAUAGAAUUGGAUAUAUAUUAAAAUAAAGAAGUUGUAGGUUACUUCAUACUCAUCAUAACAUCUCAUAAAAAUCAAUAUUUUCUGGAUAAGAAUUAAGUGUUCCAAUUAUUGAAGAUUCAAUUGAUGAACCUUCUGCAAAUACUCCUAUAAUUGUAAAAAUUAAUUAACCAUCAAAAAUAAGUUAAUAGUAGAGAUAAAAGUAGUAUCAACCAUAAUAACUAUCUUUAACAUAAAUUGAUUAAACAAAAUCAAUACUGAUUGUUGAUGAUGAACCAUUUAAUCAUGAUACAUUAAUAUUGAUGUUAAAAUCUCUUGGAUUCUAGAGUUUUUUUAAAGCUUUUGAUGGUUAAUAAGCAAUUAAUAUAGCUUUUGCAAAAUAGAAUGAAAUUUAAGUUGUGUUUAUGGAUCUUGAUAUGCCAAUUAUGGGUGGUAUAGAAGCAACUAAAUAUUUAAUAUAAGAGAUGAUUAAACUUACUUUACCAUAUUUUCCUAUAAUUGGUUGUACUGCUCAUGGAGAUGCUGAUUCAAUAGAAUAAUGCAUAUAAGCUGGUAUGCUUCAUGUGGUUAUAAAGCCUGUAUUUAUAAAGACUUUGAGGGAAACUUUCAAUUUGAUUUCAGAUCAUCCUUAAAAGACUUACAAUCGUAUUGGAUCAUUGUAAUUUUGA